AUGGCGGCAUCGGACGACGGAGGAGCAGAAGCCGCGGCGAAUGACUGCCCGUGUUCGUGCGGCUUGAAAAAGGAGGACCACCAGUCGAACUGCUCGCAAUGCCGGCGGCGAUCGUUGAACUCGAACUUGCCGUCUUCGUCGUCUUCGUGCUCUUUGCUGAGCUUUGAGUCAUAUCCUGUUCAGGAUUAUGAUAAGCUGUGGAGAGUGUAUACAGCGUCCGUCAAAGGCUUCUCCAUCGGCGCAGGCCUCAAAGGCGGUCUCGCACUCUUCUCUUUCCUCUCUCGCCUCCGCCGCAGGCGAUCCCUUCCCUCCUCCAAGAAAGUGGAAAUGGCGUCAACUAGUGAAGAUGUGAUUUUGGCAUUGAAAGAGACCUUGAGAUAUGGGCUAUUCCUUGGUGCAUUUGCAGGGACAUUUGUAUCAGUGGAUGAAAUUAUAGCUGCUUUGGGAGGUCACCGUAGGACUGCCAAAUGGAGGUCUUUGCUGGCCGGGGCCAUAGCAGGGCCAUCUAUGCUGCUUACUGGGUUAAAUACACAGCACACAAGCUUAGCGAUUUACAUUCUCAUGCGUGCCACUGUAUUGGCAUCACGAUGUGGGAUAAAAAGCAAGCGAUUUGGGAGAAUUUGUAAGCCUCUUACUUGGGCUUAUGGAGAUAUUUUCCUUAUGUGUCUCUCAUCUUCGCAGAUUUUGUCUGCUUACAUAUUGAAGCAAGAUAGUCUGCCUCCAUCUUAUAAGUCAUUUCUUAAUAAACAUGGAGCAAAGGAUUCUGUCAUCCUGCAAGGUGUGCGAGAGAUUACAUGUGGCAAGCCUAUAAAAAAUUUGGCGGCAAUAGAGAAAUAUUACAAGUCCAUUGGCGUUGACGUUAAGCUAGAUGCACAAAUGAAAAUCCCUUGCUCGAUUAUACAUGGGAAUCAAGCAUGUGGGACACAUUUUCUUCUAUUUCUUCUUCAAGCGUAUAAAAGAGCAUUACCAGUUUAUCUUCCAGUCUAUCUAAUUCCUGCACUGAUAGUACAUCGCCAAGGUCUCCUGAAAAGGUCUCACACAAUCUUAUGGAAAGGUCUUUUUGGUACUGCAAGAUCAAGCUUGUUUCUGUCGAUGUAUUGUUCAUCUGCAUGGAUAUGGACAUGCUUCCUGUUUAGGAUUUUCAAGAAAUGCAACAUUCCUAUGGUGGCAAUGGGAACGUUUCCAACUGGUCUAGCCUUGGCCAUUGAGAAGAAGAGUAGAAGGAUAGAGAUAUCAUUAUACUGCCUUGCUCGAGCUAUUGAAAGCUUCUUCACAUGCAUGGUUGAUGUAGGAUACUUACCUCAGUCGAAAAACUUGAAGAGGGCUGAUGUUGUGGUCUUUAGCAUUUCAACUGCAAUUAUUAUGCACUGUUAUGCUAUAGAGAGGGAUGUCUUUCGAUCAAAAUACUUGAAUGUUCUUGAUUGGGUUUUCGGCGUGCCUCUUCCCCCAUAUGAAACAACCCCACGUAAGAGGACAUGA